AUGUCACGACUGCUCUUGUCCGCAAUCCCCCGACAAACCGCAUCCGCGCUUUUCCUAGGGCCCAUCCGCCCGGCGGCUCGCCACCUCCACUCGUCCUGGGCCCGCACCCACGAAAACCCUUUGGGCCUUCCCAAGACCGGCGCCGACGGGCCCGGGAUCCCGCGCAUGUCGCGCGGCUUGCCCGUGAGGAGACGCAUUGCUAACGUCGGCAAGGUGCUCUUGGUGUCGUCGGCCAAGGGCGGCGUGGGCAAGUCCACCGUGCUGGUGAACGUCGCCUUGGCCCUCCGGAAAUUGGGCAAGCGCUGCGGCGUCUUGGACGUGGACAUCUUCGGGCCGUCCAUCCCCAAGUUGCUCCGGUUGCAGGGCGAGCCGCGCCUCUCCUCCAGCGGCAAGUUGAUUCCGCUCUCCAAUUACGGCUUGCCGUCCAUGUCCAUGGGCUACUUGGUGGCGCCGGAGAGCCCUGUGGUCUGGCGCGGCCUCAUGGUGAUGAAGGCGUUGCAGCAGCUCUUGUUUGAGGUCGAAUGGCCGGCACUUGACUACCUAGUGAUCGACAUGCCGCCGGGCACGGGCGACACCCAGCUCACAAUCAGUCAGCUGGUGAAGGUGGACGGCGCCUUGAUCGUGUCGACGCCACAGGACAUCGCGCUCAUCGACGCCGUCAAGGGCAUCGCCAUGUUCGAGAAAGUCAGCAUCCCGAUCUUGGGACUCGUGCAGAACAUGAGCCACUUCGUGUGCCCGAACUGCCACCAUGAAGCCCACAUUUUCGGCCUGGACGGCGCCCGCAGAGCAGCCCUCGAGCACGGCCUCGAUGUCCUUGGUUCCAUCCCGCUCCACGAGACCAUCUGCGUGCAGUCUGACCUGGGUGUGCCUGUGGUGGUUGCGGGCGGGGACCCGCUGAUCCUGGAACCGUACAUCGGCAUCGGCCGGAAAGUAGUGGAGAAAUUGGGCUAG